AUGAAGACCUUGUUUGUGUCCCAAGAUGUGUGGGAGAUUGUUCAAGAUGGGUAUGAUGAAAUUGAAGAUACAUCAACUCUAGAGCAACCACAAAAGGAUUUACUUAAGGGGAAUAGGAAGAAGAAUGCAAAAGCAUCCAUGUACAUUCAACAAGGAGUUGGAGAAACUAUUCUACCAAGGGUAAUUCAUUUUCCUAAAGCUAAAGAAGCUUGGGAUAUUCUUCAACAAGAGUAUGGAGGUAAUAAGAAGGUAAGAGAAUUAAAAUUACAUUCAUAUAGAAGAUAUUUUGAGAAUCUUGAAAUGAAUGAUAAUGAAUGUUUGAAUGAGUUUUCUUCAAGAGUUGUUGAAGUUGUCAAUAAUAUGUUGAUGUGUGGUGAGAAGAUGGAAGAAAGAAGAAUUUGUGAGAAGUUAUUGAUUUGUUUGGCGGAAAAAUUUGAACCCAUUGUGACGGUUUUAGAAGAGACUAAAGAUUUUUCUACAUUAAAGUCACAAGAAUUAUGGGCUUCUUUGAAGGUGUAUGAACAAAGGGUGUCGAGGCACUCGGAAAAAUCAACUGAAAGUGCAUUUCAAUCAAAAUUGAACUUGAACUCAAAAAAUUCAGCAAUGAAGCAAAAAGAUUACAAGUGUGAUGCUUCAUCUAGCUUCAAUGGAAAGGGAAAAUGGAAGAAAGGAGGAGCAAACUCCAACAAAUACACAAAGAGUGAUUCUUCACAAGCACCAAGAUGCAAUUUUUGCAACAAGAAUGGUCAUUUGGAGAAGAAUUGUUGGAACAAAGGAAAACCCCAAUGUCAUCAUUGCAAGAAGUAUGGACACUUGGAGUGUAGGAUUAGAAUCUCGCAACAAUUAUGUCUCAGCGAAAUUAUUAAUGGUACAGCACAGUAG